AUCGUUCGACAAUCGCGUGGCGACCUCUCGCGUAAAUAAAAGAAGAUCGUGGUAAAACCUUUGUGAACUUGGUCGACUGAAUUUGGAUUUUUGGCAAUCGUUUUGUUGGUAAAGAAAAUAAUCAAAUCCGAUCGACCAAUUCACUUUCAUCACACGUACAAAAUAUAUAUAUAUAUAUAUAUGAUAUCUGUGAAUGUGUGUGAAACCACGAGAGGUUUUUGUUGUUAAAGUUCACCCCGUUCAUCCGUAUUGUAUGGUUAGGUUAGUACACGUAAUUUUGGCGCGUGAAAUGGAAAAAACCGUGUUUCAUCAUGUGUCAAAUAUCGUCUUUGCUGAGCAAACAUUGUGAAUUGUAAUAUUUGUUAUUCCUCCGAAUGGAUUUUCAUAAAUAAAAUUAUAUUGGAAUUUCGAAUAGUUUGUCGUGUUUAGGGAAAGAGAAAACAUGCCGGACGUAACUAUAAACGGAAUAACCGUAACUUUUCCUUUCGAGCCUUACACUGUGCAAGAGGCUUACAUGUCGAAAGUGAUCGAGUGUUUGCAGAAUAAAAAACACGGUGUUUUGGAAUCACCGACAGGCACAGGAAAGACUCUCUGUCUUCUAUGCUCUUCCCUGAGCUGGCUAUUGGUGAAAAAGGCACAAUUGCAAAUUCAAGCAGUUGCAGGUGUCUUAGAACAACCAGACUUUGGCGGACAAUUUUUUAGUAAACUUCGUGAUGGAUUGGAAAAUGAAGCUGGUUCAUCUGAUUCCCAACAAAAUACCAACUUUGGUUGGGUUAUGCCAAAAAUUGUUUAUGCCUCUCGAACUCAUUCCCAACUCUCACAAGCUAUGCAAGAACUCAAGAGAACUUCUUAUAAACAUGUUAAAGUUGCAGUUCUUGGCUCUAGAGAUCAAUUGUGCAUUCAUCCAGAAGUGUCCAGAGAACAAAAUUCAUCCAAUAAGAUUCACAUGUGUCAAGCUAAAGUUAGAGCCAGAACUUGCCAUUAUUACAACAAUGUUGAAUUAAGAAAAGAUGAACCAGUUUUCAAGCAAGAGAUUUGUGACAUAGAGGAUCUGGUAAAAGCAGGCCAGAAAUUGAAGUGUUGCCCAUAUUUUUUAUCAAAGGAAUUGAAACAAUCGGCAGACAUAACAUUUAUGCCGUACAACUAUCUUCUAGACCCCAAGACAAGAAAGUCCCAGGGAAUAGAUCUUCAGGGCAAUAUUGUACUUUUGGAUGAAGCCCAUAAUGUAGAAAAAACAUGUGAAGAAGCGGCAUCAUUACAGAUAAGCAGCACAGAUGUUGCACUGUGUAUUGCCGAAAUAACACAUGUGAUGGAGGACGUUGCUAAAGACAUGAAUGAUCAAGUUGAAUUUGCAUUUGAAGGAACUGGUAACGUACAAAAAGAUUUUACUCCUGAAGACUUGUGUAUAUUAAAAGCUAUGUUCCUCGAGCUUGAGAAAGCCAUAGAUGAGAUAAAGCUAAAAAACACUGAAGGAGGAGAAACCUUACCAGGUGGUUUCAUAUUUGAACUUUUAGAAAAAGCAUCGCUGAUUCACGGCAAAGAACAAUUGGUUAUCGACAAAUUGGAAAAAAUUAUAAUGUAUUUGUCAACGACAAGUACCUCCCCGUUCACGAGGAAGGGAAACGCUCUCCAAAAAUUUAGUGAUCUCUUGCGAACGGUGUUCAGUAGUGGUGGCAACAACUUACGUCAUCGCGAAAGAGUUAAACAGUGUUACAAAGUUUACGUGCAAAGAGAGGAACCGAAAAAAACGGGUCGAAGCGAUGCCUGGGAGUCGAAAAAGAUGCCUUCGAAAACGGACGGAAAAAUCAUCAGCUAUUGGUGCUUCAGUCCUGGUUUUGGAAUGCAACAACUUGUUGAACAGGGUAUUCAUUCCGUCAUACUAACGAGCGGCACAUUAUCUCCGCUUAAACCGUUCAUAUCAGAAUUGGGAAUUCCGAUCGACGUUCAGCUUGAAAAUCCUCAUAUUGUUGGCGGGAAACAAGUCAUAGCAGGAGUUUUGAGUGAAGGACCCGACGGAUUUCAACUCAAUUCGUCGUUCAAUACGAGAAACGAUCCCAAAUACAUUAGUUCCCUUGGGAGAACAAUUUACAACUUCAGUUGCCUCGUGCCACACGGGCUUCUGGUAUUUUUCCCUUCGUAUCCCGUGAUGAAAAAAUGUCGGGAUGAUUGGCAGAGUAUCGGUUUAUGGUCAAAGAUUGCAGAUAGAAAACCAAUUUACGUCGAACCACAGUCAAAAGAUGGUUUCACAAAUAUAAUGAACGAAUUUUAUGAGAAAAUACGAGAUCCGUCGUGCAAAGGAGCUAUCUUUUUGGCCGUUUGCCGUGGCAAAGUGAGCGAAGGCUUGGAUUUUGCAAACGCUAACGGUCGAGCGGUCAUUAUCACGGGUCUUCCGUACCCGCCUCUCAAAGAUCCUCGAGUAAUGUUGAAACAACGAUAUUUGGAUGAAAAUCGAGUCAAGCAGAAAGAGGGCCUGUCUGGACAGCAGUGGUAUCAGUUGGAAGCAUCACGGGCUGUCAAUCAAGCGAUUGGGCGCAUUAUUCGUCACCGAAACGAUUACGGAGCAAUAUUACUCUGCGAUUGUCGUUUCGGAAGUACUCAGUUCAAAAGUCAAUUGUCAGCCUGGCUCCGCCCUCACAUCAAGCAUUUUAAUAAUUUCGGAGUUAUUACAAAGGAUCUUCGAAUGUUCUUUAGAUACGCCGAACAGACUUUGCCGAAAUCAGAAAUGCGCCCACUUCGCGAAAUCUCCGAAUUUUCACUGCCGGCUGUACCAGCUAAAUUCGACACGGUACCUACGAAAAUACUUCAAACGAGUUCCCUCAAUGUUUCUACGACGUUGCGCGAAAACAACGAUAGUUUCAACGUCAAUAUGUACAAAGAAACGCAAAUGGAAACUUCACGGGACAAUGAUACCAGUACAAAGAUAGAGUUUUCAAACGGCUUGGGGUCUAAGCCAAUGAAAAGUCCAAUCAAUUUUGCCAAUUGUAAGCUCAAAGACGAUUGGGAUCGUUGUGAACUGACGAAAGACACAAAUGAGCCCAACCCAAAGCGCCGGAAACGAAUAAUAAUGCCAACUGAAUUGUAUUCCAAUACUUCUGGUCCUUCCACGUCUAAUCAUUCGACAGAAAAGUCAAAUCCCGUUGAAAAAAAGCCUGAGAUCGGUGACAAAAAAGAAUUAGGAAAAACAUACUUGAGAAAGGUUAAACGAACUUUAUCGCAAGAAAAGUAUAAAGAAUUUGCUGCUAUGAUACAAAACUACACUAAAAACGGCGACGUUGAUGAACUCUUACGUUGUCUCGAAGUUUUGUUUCCUCCCAGUGGGAAACUUCAGCAUCUUUUCGUAGGUAAGGUAUUACAUUAUUUUAAUAUGGACCUUGGAGGUUCGGUAACCCAUUGCAAGAUGUUGAGAAAUUUCGAAAAUCAAUCCAGAGUGUUUUUGAGUAGAUGAGAAUGAGUUUUCUUACAUUCUAUAAUUGUGUUAUUUUUUUAAAAAAACCUAGGGAAAGUACUUCGUACUAUUAUGAAAUUAUUAAAAUAAAGCUCGUAAAAUAAGUGAAAUCAGGAUAUAGCACGAAUUGCAAUGUUUCGAAGUUAAUCAGCCGCAUCUUACGUAUACGAUCGCCUUAAACAUUCAAUUCUUUUCUGACACUUUAGGUUUUCGCAGUUUCCUCAAAAAGGAUCACCUGUCGUCGUUCGAUAUUCACGUUAGUCUUUUUCCGGACGUCGACUCAAAUGU